GUUUGCUUAAAGAUAAGAUUGACCACGCUUGGCAGCCUCUCAACUCUAAUAAAAAAAUAAGGAGAUAAAUAAACCCAUCAAUUUCACAAGUUGACACCGUUGCCCCGUGCUUGAUUCAUUCUGUUCACAACAUCUGCAUGAUGCGAACCGUGUGUGUUCCUUUUCUUGCAGUUUUCCUCAUAGCAGGCGCGGCCUGCCAAGAGCCUCCAAGGGUUGAUCUGGACAAUUUGGGCACUUUGAUUGGAAAAGUGACCAAAACGCGCAACAAUCGAACUUUGCACACUUUUCAAGGAAUCCCUUUCGCCGAGCCUCCAAGUGGCAAAAAUAGAUUUCAACCGCCCAUCACGAAGCAAUGGAGUGGAGAUCUGGACGCUACCAAUCCUGGUUUUGCCUGUAUCCAACCGGACUACGCAAAAAUUGUUAGGAAGCGUCGGGAUUUGGCGUGGGAUACUAAAUUGCAAACCAAUUUCUCCCUCGCCGAUCCGGAAGACUGUCUCACUUUAAACGUCUACACGCCCGACCUAACUCAUGCCCAGUCGCUCCCGGUUGUGGUUUUCUAUCAUGGGGGUUCUUUCGUGAUUGGCGAUGAAUCACGCUUCAGACCUGAUUACCUCCUCGACAGGGACGUCGUUCUUGUUGUUCCCCAAUAUAGAUUGGGACCUUUUGGUUUCCUUUCGAUGCAAAACGAAAAAAUUCCUGGGAACGUGGGUUUAUUGGAUUGUCUUGAGGCGCUCAAGUGGGUUCAGGGCCACAUAUCAAAAUUUGGAGGCAAUAAGGAAAAGGUCACCGUCUUUGGUCAAAGCGCUGGCGCCUCGAUUGCCAAUUUUCUGAUGCUGAGUCCUUUGACAAAAGGUCUGAUGCAUGGCGUGAUCAUGAACAGCGGUUCAGCGCUAGCUUCGUUCGCUCUGGACAAAGAUCCGAUACCGGACUCAAAACGCAUAGCCACUCUAUGCGGUUGCGUGUUGGGAGAUGACGAUCGCAUUUCACAAUGUUUGCAAGACGUGCCAGCUGAAAAGUUGCUUGGAGCGUUUACCACUUACUCGAAUUUGGGAGGGACAGGUGGAACUUUGCCAGUCAUUUCUCGGCCUGACGAGCCUGAAGCAACAAAGUUUUUGCCUGAUGAUCCGGUGGUGCUUGCAGAAAAAGGCAAAUAUCAGGCAUUGCCAAUGCUGGCUGGAGCCGUCAAACAUGACAGCAUGUUUGUGGUCAACAUAAUACACAAAAACUUGAGUCGAUUGAAUUUGACCAACAGCGAUAACUUUGUAAGGAACAAGCUUACAAGAUAUAUGAUUGAAUUUGCAGGAAUUGAAGACAGAACUGGAAUGAUUGAGGAUGUAAUUGAGAAUAGGUAUUUCUCAUAUGUUGAUCAGAAACAGAGAGGAAAUUUUACUGCAAUGGUUCCUGGAAUGUUGGACUUUACCACUACUAUAAUGAUGAAGGCUCCUGGUCUAAAAAUGGUCCAGUUGAACUCAGAAAACGCUAAUAGCUAUUGGUACACUUUUAACUACCAUGGUCGCUUACAUAUUCCAGAAAAUGGGAUCAAUGACCCAGGUGGUCUUUUUACUGAGGGAGCAUGUCACAGUGACGACAUGAUAUACCUGACGCCAAGGCUGGAAGACAAGUUCUCAGUGGAGGAACUGACCUUGUCAAAUAUGAUGAUUGAUCUGUGGGCUAAUUUUAUAAUUUCGGGAAACCCAAACGAGCCUAGGCGAAUCCUCACGAUUCCAGACUGGCCCAAAUACGACGUUAAGGACAAGUCAUACUACGAACUUAACAAAAGUUUUAAAGUGAUGAAGGACUAUACCAAGGAAUUCACAGCGGCCAUUCAAGACGUGACACCGAAGGGUUCUGCUGGUUUUCAGACCCCUGUGAUGGCCAAUGUCAUUUUAGUGGCAAUCGCAUACUUUAUGAAAUAAAACUUUUGGUUUAAUUGUAUUAUAAUGAGAUGUUUGUU